AUGAUACACGACACCCUGAAAGUUUGCGUCUUCGUAGGCUUCUUGGGCUCUGGGAAGACCACUAUCCUCCAGCGCCUUCUCCCCACUCUCCCACGUGAGGAGAAGGUGCGCAUCAUUGUGAACGACAUCAGUCGUGAUAACAUCGACGUUCACGCUUUUCAGCCAUCCGGCGCAACGAACUCCACAUCUGCUCGUGGCAAUGAUGUAGUGGCACUCUCUGGUGGGUGCGUGUGCUGCAAUCUGCUCUCCGACCUCGUUGCGGAGUUACAGUCGGCGCACGCGAAGGGAUGCAGGUAUUCACUUGUAGAGUGCACCGGCGUUGCGGAUUCCGUCCCCAUCGUAACCACCUUGCAUGCGCUCCCCGAGCUUCGUGUGUGCGUAGAGGUUGACGCGGUGGUGAUGGUCAUCGCCGCGUCCUCCUUGCUCUCGGUUACGACAGGUGAUCGAGUCGCACUCGACUCGCUGGACGUCUUGCACGGCGAUCCCAUCAAAGGCGCCAACGUGGUCCUCAUCAACAACUGGGAGUGCACGAACCGAAUCGACGCGAAGAUGAUGCGGCUCUGGGUGCGACGCAUCAAGGAGUUCGCCAGCGAGUCGAACCCGCACGUACGUGUGUACUGUACGAAUGAAGGGUAUUUUGCCUUCGACUCGCUCGUCUACCGCCAGGGUCUUUUCGCCGCUGACAAUGUCGCCUCCUUCUUCCUGGGCGCGUACGCCGCCGCGGGAAAGGUGAUCGGCGCUUUUGAUGGCGACACCGCUGCUGAGGAGGCGGGCGAGAUGAAGAAGCUGGGGUUGCAGCUUUUCACACUCGAGCUGAGAGGGAAGGUCUUCUCGACGCAGCUGCUGCGCCGGGCUCUCUUCAGCCCCGAAGCACAGCAACUGCUCAAACAUGUGUGGCGUAGCAAGGGCUACUUUAGCGCUGUGGACGACGAGGGCGGCGGUGGUUCGUACUCUUCCAAAGAGGUUCAGUUCCGUUGGCAGACGGUGGAGCGCAAGGUGGACUACGGGGAGGUACUGCCACCGUACGUGCCGCUGGUCGGUCGAGAGUCAGGUGAGCCUCUUUGCUGCCGAGUCGUCUUUAUUGGUGAUUUCGACGCUAGCGCUAAAGCCCAGCAGGCGGCCGCAUUUUUUUCCGCGGUGGCGUCACGCAGCGUCUGA